CACGUAACAUGAAAAUAAUUCGAAAUGACAUACUACAUUAUGUAUUUACGUGACUAUUUAUAUUCUCCAUUCUCCCACCUCCCCUGAAAACCAGAGAUCAAGAAAACCGAUCUUUUCUUCCCUAACCCAAUAUCCAUCUCUCUCUAAUCCUUUCAAUCUUGCAAAACCUCAAUAAAAAAAAAUAGGAACAGAGAGAGACCCCCAUAAAGGCGUCUCUCUUUGUUCCUUUCAAAAAAAUGGCUACAAUGGGAGCCCAUUAUAAGAAAAUAUUAUCCAUCAAUCCUUCCAUAUUUACCCCCACUGAUAAUAAUAACUCACCAAAAUCCACCAAAUCAUCACCUAACAAGUUUUAUGAAGACACAAAUGAUGUUGUUGGUCUUGGAAUUGUUGCAGCCAUGUCCAAUCAAAAUAAUAGUAAUAAUAAUAAUAAUAAUAAUAAUAAUAAUAAUAAUAAUAAUAAUAAUAAUAAUAAAACUUCAAUUCAUGCUAUUUCUCCAAGGCUAUCAACUUCAAACCCAAUACCAAUCUUGAGUAAUAAUUCUAAUCCUAAGAAGAAGAAUAAACAACCUAGUAUUGAGGAAAUGGAGAUGUGUGAAAAGUAUACACGUGUGAUUUCUCAUGUGGGUAGAAAUUUGGUUAAGAAAAAAGAAUAUUUUGAUGAUCCAUUUCUAGGAAAUGUGUAUCAAAGACCAAAUGCUGCUGUUUUUUGCUGCUUCUGUUCCUGUUGAAGCGUUUAGAUCGGUAGAGUUCCUGAAUACUUGCUCUUUUUGCCAGAAACAGCUUCAGGGAUUGGACAUUUUCAUUUACAGAGGAGAGAAGGCGUUUUGUAGCUCAGAGUGUCGUUUCAAGCAAAUCAUGAUUGAGGAACACAAAGACAGGUGUGGUUCUGGAGCCAUGAAAUCCCCCGAGUACUCUACCUCCCCUUGCUCUGGCCCAAUGCAGUUUUCCACUGGUGUUGCUGUGGCAUAAGUCUUGUAUGGUACACAAGUCAAUUAAGUAAACUGUUUAUACAGGUCCAGAAAGAAGAUUUUGGUAUCAAAGGAGUUAGAAGAUCUAAAAUUUGUGUUCAAUGUUGAGAAGGCAAUCACUGUUAAUGGAAUGUUUUUCUGCCUGCCAGAGGUGCUGAAGUUUUAUUAGAACCUAUUAAGAAGGAGAGAGUUUCUUAGUUUGGUUAAACUUACUGAGAAUACACAUCACAACUUUUAUAUCUAAAGACCACAUAUACAUAUUUACAUAUCUAAGUUUAUAAAAUUGGAAUCUAUAUGCAUUUUAGAUUCCACUAAACUUGUGGGAA